GCCUAUCGCAAACAAGUUAUCAACUGGCUCACAGGCAGGCUGCAUUUGAUAUGGUGCUUUUAGCACCUACAACCAAACUUGUUUUAAAUUAUGGCCUUCAUUUCUGAUGAAAAUAUUAAAAAGCACCAUAGUCAUUUUCCUUGGGAUGUUUACUAGUUUUACAAAGGAAACAUCAGAAGACUUAGUUCUAAUUAUGGUGGAUUUAAUCCAGGGGUAAGAAGCCACCGGAAAUACACCCCCGUACUCUGAUUCCCCCGUGCCGGAAGUGCGUCACAUGUCCCCGUUUCGAAGCACGUUUCGCUGUAAAGUUUGUAAACAACUUAAAAACAUUGGGGUCGCGAUUUCCUUGCUCCAAAAAUAGUGUGUACAAAAAAUAUAUUAAACCACGGCAAAUAUGCAACUGAAAUUUGGAAACAGCUUGGUACUAAUUGUCACACAAGUGACUGAUAAAAUGCUCUCGGUAUCUCUUUUGGUGACCUUAGAAAAGUAGCACUUUUGAUAAACAAUCAAACAAAAAUGCGGUUACGCAGUGAUAACACACUCACAGGGACUGCGUUUAAAACAAACAUAGGUCCCGGCUUAACCCUGACAGCGGUAAAGAUAUUUUGAGAUAUUUCGGUUCGUGGUCACGUCGACUUGAUAUUUCAUGACCACAGUUCUUCAAGCGUAGCUGAAAAGUUCACGCAGCGUUGGUCCUGGCGGUUGUUAUCUAUUUAUUUAGUUGGAAUAUUUUUUUGGCUUAUAGCACUCCCUGGAUUAGAACUGAGAGCAGAUAUAUCGCUAGAGACCGCAACACCAUGUGACGGAGUAUAACAUGACUUCAAGACUAGUAUCGGACUGCAAGUGUGCGGUAUUGCAUUUCGGAAGUAAUGUCAUUAGUGGUAACAAAUGCGUCGGCCGCGAGCCCCUCGUUUGUGCAUGUGAGACACAGCAAGCACGCGGCGAUUCAAUAUAACAUUCACGCUCAUCGGUUUGUUUUCCAAAUCUUACCCAAUUCAUUUUUCGUGAUUUUAACCCGCGUUAUCUCCUCACAAUCUCCGUGUAAUCCAAUCAGUCAGUUAUUAUCGCUUGUUGCUGACUCUCAUACUGUACCAGCUCGGCCUAUCUUGAUUUUGCCGCUGGAACGUGGAGAUAAUGGUGCGAUGGCCUUUGGGUUAUUUCGGGUGGAUAUAUGUUUCCCGUCUAGUCUCGGUCUGACCCCGAAAGCAUCUGCAUUUGCUCUUAGCUCGAAAUACUCGCGAAUGUCGGAAUAAAAAACGCAAAUGAGGUUUGGCGAGGCGAAAAAGGAAUUGCUCUCGACGACAUGACGGGAAAUUUUGCGAUUUAGCUUAUUCACCGUUCGUUUAGUCACUCGCUUGAUUUUUGCUCUCUCCUUGACCUCAUCUGGGGUUUAUUAAUCUUCACACAUGCAACCGUUAAUGGCGUUGAAAACGAGACUCUGGUUACGUCGGGUUUGGCGAUCUUUCUGAAAUACGUUGCCUUGUGAACUUGUAAUUUAAUUAUGCCCUGCUAACAGGACCUAUUUUCCAGAAAGAUCGAAGGGACCUUGCUCGCAGGAGAUCUGAAUUAUGGACAAUUUUAUCAAACGGUUCGUCUAAUUAUCAGCGCCCUUAUCAAACACGCGCGCACACUUCUUCUACAAAUUGAUAUCUCCCACGAGCGCUUACGACAUUUGUUCCAGCUAAGAUAUUUGUCGCCCUUUCCUGUUAUUUUCCUCUUUUGUUCUCUACCCUUUCCCGAACGCAAAUCCUUUUUUCCCAGCUCCUACGCUAAAAUGUUGUCUCGAAAAAAGACUGUCGAAGUCGCAUUUCAUGAUCUCAGACGGUACCACUGCAACUGUAAAAAAAAAAUAUCUCCCGUGGCUUAACUUGAUACUGUUUAAGACUCGCCAAAGAUCACACCACCGUGUCGUGCCAGUGGAUGGCAAGCGUUUGAUUUGAGACGGGAGAAGAGCGCGCCAGCUCUGUCAACAGUACGGCGCGAGAUAAUUAUAGAGUGCGCGCACGGCAUGUAGUUUAUUUACUCUCACGGAAUUGCUGUAGCAGCGUUCGAGGCCUACGUAUCCUGCGAAAAGGAAAUGAGUUCCAAUCAAAAUUUUCCUCGCCUCCAGAAAGACAAAAAAAGAUAACAGAGUUGCUGAGGUUUUGAAAGUAACACUUCGACGCCCACGUGCUCUGAGAUCCCUUGGCGAUGGCCAAUAACAGAGCUUAGUUAAGUGGUUUCAACACACCUACAUCCAGCGGGUGUUUAUGUCCUUGACACGAGCCAUCUGAUUGGCUGCGGUUUUCCGCUCGACCAAUCAGCGAGAGAGGUAACAUAAUAUGUUGUCUCGCUUGAUUGGUCAGGAUAUUAUUAUAUGUGUGUUUUGAAUAUCUAUACGCCAAUAUACGAAUUGGCACGAAGUUCGAUUUUUCGGCUGGAGAAUUCUCAGUCCUGGUUUGAAAGCGUUAGAAAACAACUGAUUGCGGUGGUAGAGAUCAUGACGGAACAAACGAACCCCGAAAUUAAGAAGAACGAACCGGACAUCGCUCAGGCGAAGAAUAUGGAUUUAAGCAGCGCCAUCGCAACUGCGGUAAAUCAUGUCUUAGAUGGCUACGACUGGUCUUUAAUUCCGCUGCCUGUUAGAGUGAACGGAGGCCAUAAACACAAGCCACACGUUAAGAGACCUAUGAAUGCCUUUAUGGUUUGGGCGCAGGCGGCGCGGAGAAAGCUGGCUGAUCAGUACCCACAUCUUCACAACGCUGAACUGAGCAAAACAUUAGGAAAACUGUGGAAACUGCUGAAUGAUGCGGAGAAGAAGCCCUUCAUCGAAGAAGCAGAGAGACUGCGGCUGAAACACAAGCGAGAGCACCCCGAUUACAAAUAUCAACCGCGGAGAAAGAAGCAAAAAGGCAACGGCGGUCCCGAUCAACCGGAGGCAACAAUCUCAGCCGAUGAUCUGUUGAAAGUCCUGAAAGGCGAUACACAGCUGGUGCCAAAAUCUGGAUGCCAAGAGGGCAACUGCGCGAGCCCAGAAAGCAGCUUAAGCGAAGAAGCUAGCAGCCCGGGCUCCAGCAGUUCAGCAACUUCGCCUCCAACUACCCCCACAGCCACGGUCAAGUUGGAAGGUGGACUGAAGUUCUCCGAGGCGAGCGUGUCAGAGUCUGACAUCCCAGGUCCUCCAUCCAGCUUUCCUGCCUGCCCAAAGAAAACAGAGCAGAACAGCGGCAACAGCGCGAUCGACUUUCACGUUGAAAUGGGCGACCUGACCACAGAUCUAAUGGUGGACACGACCGAGUUCGAUCAAUAUCUGCACUCGUAUACUCAGCCGCUGCUGUCCACACCACCUUCAACGGCCUCGUCCGUCACGUUUUCCUCUCACGGCUUCACCCAAACACACGGAGCGAACAAGUUCUUGUCGAAUAAUAAUUCCGUCUCAUCCAGUUACACGGAGUUUAUGGAACAGCUACAAAAGCUUCCCUCGUCUUACCCUCCGAACCAAGUCGCUCCGUCAGCCCUGCAGCAGAGAAACCAGCCUGAAAACGGUGCCUUUCAAUUCCCGUUCGGUGAGCCUGAAGUCAGUGGUAAUACCUCACGGGCCUUCGCGAUCUCCAAUGUUCCUUCUAUUGUUGUUCCUGCUUCAACACCAACCACUACCGCACAGAACCCACAGUCACCUCCCUCUCGUCUGCACACACUCGUUUGGAAGUGAACGAUCUCAAGGAUCAGGAACAUUAUUGACGAAUUAGCUCCUAUGGAGCGAGGAUUUUAAUUUAACUUGCUGCCAUGGGCAGCUUUCAGCUAGGAGAACAAAAUUUCGCAUGGCUUCGAUUACAGAAGCUAUAAACACGCUACCACACACGGUUUCUUGUUAGCGGAAUCGAAGCGAUGUGCCUCGCAACCCGAUUUUACUAGAACACAGCUUAUUGUAAAAUUCACGGAACGAUUCAUGCGCUUGAAACCGAAUAUUAUUUUAUUUGGAGCAGAAUUUUACAGUUCUUGUUUUCCCUUUCCGCGAAAAGCCAAAAAAAAUCUCUACAUGCCAACUUUUGUGUCUGACACAUCAUCUGACAGGCGGUAGAAAAAGACCAGGUCGCAGUGUGUUAUGUUGCAACAGAGCUACCAAGUUCUUAAUUUAUAGCGUUCCUCUACAUUAGAGUGCUUGCCAAAUGAAACUUGAUUUACGAUUCUAUCCUCAUGUAAAUAAGAGAUCGAUAGAGAUGAUAGCUUUUGUAAACGUCUUGCGGUAAUAAUCAGAGAAAAAAAAAAUAGUCAUUCCUGUUGUGCCUUGGGCUGAAAUCGCGUAUUUGAUGUUUCCAUUUUUUGGCCAAUAAAAUUAUUUUUUCACGAGAUAA